GUUUGGCCGCAUCAUGGCGCCCCAAGAAGUGAAAUUUAUGGAGAAUCGGUUGGGUGGUGUUGCACUGGUCAUUGAUGGAUGCAAGUAUCGAAUCAAUCGACGCUCAGGCAAUACGGUUUAUUGGCGGUGUUUCUAUCGUUGGUGUCGGGCCAACGCCGUGGUGGAAGACGGAAAACUGAAAUCGUCUUGCGGCAGUCACAUUUGCUCGCAGCCGCACAACAACAUCCAAAACGGCGGCGCCUCUGCCAAAUCGGGACGCCACCGCCAGUCGUCGGAUCAUCAGCAGACGCCAACAGUCACUCAGCAGCAGACGGUUGCGGUUCAUCAACGACCGGCUACUUCUUCGUCUGUCCAGCCAGGCAGCAGAGGAGCAGCUUCUCUCGCCUCGAAAAUGGCCACGCGUGCAGCUCAAGGAUCAACUACUCACACGUUAACACGAAAUGCCAACAAGGGCAAAGUGGCACUCAGAUCUCAGAAACCUCCGACCAAUAAUAACAUGGUCAUCCGAAGGAAAUCCAAGGCCAAUGAAGAGGAUAUCAAACCCACCAACCUUACAGUGCAACCGUCAACUACUACUGAUUCGCCACAAUGUGUUCCAGAUUCGCCACCUAAUAAUCAGAAUGAAGCACCCAAGUACAAGAUUUCGGCCGAAUGGAAACGGCGUGUGAGAUCCGAGUAUAUGCGAAUUCGCCAGUCUCGGAGGUAUAAACGAGCUGAUGAGAUUCGUGCUGUAUGGUCCGAAAACAGAAAGAACGUUAAUGAGAGGGUGGCUGCCAACCAAAAGAAAUGGGAAGUGAGCAAAGCAUUCUGGGCAUGCAGCCAAGAUUGGCCAGCUCACAGUCAGUGCAUGAAGAAAGUCAAACCUGACCACUGCCUGGGUGUCAACACCGAUCAGAAAGCAGUGCCUGUUAAGAUCAUCAAUGCAGUAGCACCUGUCCCCACCAUGUAUUCAUGGGCUGGUCUCCAACAGAACUUUAUGGUGGAGGAUGAAACAGUUCUACACAACAUCCCUUACAUGGGUGAUGAAGUGUUGGACCAGGAUGGUACGUUUAUAGAAGAAUUGAUCAAGAACUACGAUGGAAAAGUUCACGGAGAUCGCGAAGGGGGCGUCAUCGAUGACGAUAUCUUUGUGGAACUAGUCACUGCCUUAGUCCCCUAUUGUGAUGAAGAUGAAAGGUCUGAUUUGGGUUCGAAAUCCGUCAAAGCUGAGAAGCUGGACGAAGCAGCACGUGAUGCCAUGACAAGUAUAAAAGACAAACCAUCCAAGGACUCUGUCCAGCCCGUAGCAAAGGAUCUACCCAACAUCAUUGCUUUUCAAGCAAUCGCCUCUGUCUUCCUAGACAAAGGAACCCCAGAAGAAUUGAGAGAAAGAUACAUGGAAUUGACGGAACGAGUUGAUCCCGUCGCUCUGGGUAGCGAGUGCACUCCAAAUAUUGACGGCCCUAAAGCUCCCUCCGUCCAGAGGGAGCAAGCCAUGCACUCAUUUCACACCUUGUUUUGUCGCCGAUGUUUUAAAUACGACUGUUUUCUUCAUCAAACUCAAGGAGCGGUGCCUCGUCGAGGUCUGCAAUCAUAUCAUCCUGGUCCCAACAGUCAAAAGAGAAAAUGCAAUGAUCUCAAACUUCCCAAACAGCCUUGUGGGCCGCAAUGCUACAUGUACUUGGAAGGUCUGUUGGAGAGAUUAGCACAAGCAGCGCAAGAAGGUGACGAAGCCGAUGGACAGCCUCUUAAAAUCCGAAAAACGGUUUCGCUAGAUUCGGGUAAUGAAGCUUCAUCCGAAGAUAGCAACGACAGUAGCGUCAAAAAUGGGAACGGGGGUAACCAAAAUCCGCCGGAAUCUGUUAAAGACGACAAAGAAAUCGAAUGUGCAAUGGAGGUCGUCGUGGAAAGUCAGACUCCACCGGAAUCUGUUGCUCCUAAAGUGAGCGAGCCCAGUAAAGAUUCAACACCACUCACGUCCAAUGAAAAUUCGAAUAGUUCUUCGAGUUUGGUACCUGAACGCAAGAAUAGCCUUAAUGAAAAACCUGGACCUUCGAGGGAGAGCAAGUCCAAUGAAUCCGGUACCAGCACGCCCCUUGCACAAGCGCCACCUGCCCAUGAGUUGAAUCCGUUAAAAGACAUCGACCCCGACGUGCAAACUGUGUGGACACCAUCGGAACAAACUCUCUUCCGAGUAGUUCACCCCAUUUUCCUUAAUAAUUACUGUGCUAUUGCGCAGACUAUCCUCAGCAAGACUUGUAAACAGGUGUAUCGGUUUGCUCAACAAGAAGCCGCUGAUCUGCCAACCCAGGAGACUGAGAAAGAAGCCACCCCACCGCGGAAGAAGAAAAAGAAACUACGACUCUGGUCCGUUCACUGCCGAAAGAUCCAGCUAAAAAAAGAUGCCUCAUCGAAUCACGUUCAUAAUUUUACGCCUUGCGAUCACCCUGGCCAGCCUUGUGAUUCCACCUGCCCUUGCGUUAAUGCGCAAAAUUUUUGUGAGAAAUUCUGUCAGUGCAGUUCUGACUGUCAAAAUCGAUUUCCUGGUUGUCGAUGCAAAGCUCAAUGCAAUACCAAACAGUGCCCCUGUUUCUUGGCCGUUCGCGAAUGCGAUCCUGAUUUAUGUGGGACAUGCGGUGCGGAUCAUCAUGAUGUUUCCAAAAUCACUUGCAAGAAUGUCAGCGUUCAACGUGGAUUACGCAAGCAUCUGCUUAUGGCCCCUUCCGAUGUUGCCGGUUGGGGAAUAUUUUUGAAAGAAACAGUACAGAAGAACGAAUUCAUUUCCGAAUACUGUGGUGAAAUAAUCUCCCAGGACGAGGCUGAUAGACGAGGAAAAGUUUACGACAAAUAUAUGUGCUCCUUUUUGUUCAAUCUUAACAAUGACUUUGUGGUUGACGCCACCAGAAAGGGUAACAAGAUUCGCUUUGCUAAUCAUUCGAUCAACCCAAACUGUUAUGCCAAAGUCAUGAUGGUGAACGGUGACCACAGAAUCGGUAUAUUCGCUAAAAGGUUUAUUCACUCUGGCGAAGAGCUGUUCUUUGAUUACAGAUACGGCCCAACAGAGCAACUGAAAUUUGUUGGCAUUGAAAGAGAAGGGGAAUUCCUGUAGAAAUGUUGUUCGAGCAGUGCGUGGUUCUAAGCCUUUACGUGGUUCAUCAGGUCCAGUACAUUUUAGCUUAUGAAUAAAAAGGACCGCAACUAGAUUAAUUAUAACUCUUUUUGUGCUUUUGUAAAUCGUGGUGUUAUAUCAUGCCUGUGUAAUGUAGUGAUUCGAUUUUAUCGUAAAUAAGUUUAAAGUGAAGAUUUCUUUUUCACGUUACUCGCGGCCGGUGCUUUAAUCACCGACGAGCACUCUGGUUAAUAAAAAUAAACUAUGUUCAUAAUCA